AUAGACCACAAAAGAGAAGAGCAACUAGAGACUCUACCUUGGAAUAAAAUAAACGAUUCUCUCUAAAUCCAAAACCAAACAGAGAUAUUUUUUGUGGCAAAGGGAACCAGAACCUCAAUUUUUUGUAUCGGAGUAUGAUUUUGGCGCGGAGGCGCGUGUGAAUUACGUUUCUGUUUUAAUGGCCGCCACCACGAGCACCUCCCACGUCAUCCAAUCCACGCUUCUAGAACUUCCAAGAACCAACCGCCUCCUCCGUAUCUCUGCCUCCACCCACCGUGUCUCCGCCAUCUCCGACCACCGUCCACAGGGUCCCUCCUGCAUCUUCGUCGGUCCCCUCGAAACCGCCAACAAAGAAACCCUCGAAGCUCUCUAUUGCCAAGCACGAGAUGCUUAUUAUAGUGGUGAACCUUUGAUAGUUGAUGAUAUGUUUGAUAGAGUGGAGUUAAAGCUAAGAUGGUAUGGUUCAAAGUCAGUUGUCAAGUAUCCUCGAUGCAGUAUCAGGAGGCAAUCCGCAUAUGCUGAUGCUGAGGAAGAUAUAUCUAUGGUUUUUGCAUUAGCAAGCACAUGGGCCGUGUUCCUUGCUUUUGGCAGUCUAGCAUGUCUUGGGCCUCUGUCGUACACUGUUGGCGCCGCUUAUCAAAAUGCGUUCGAUUCAGGAUUGUCACACGGUAGCCAUAAUCAUGGGCUAGGGUUUUCGGUCAUGUUGAAUAACAUUGUCUUCAUCGUGCUUGGCUUUGUCAUCGGAUACCCACUUGCAUCAGCUUCAGUUAAGGUCAUUCAAGGUCUGUGGAGAAAUGACUUAGUGGCACUGAGAGGUUCAUGUCCAAAUUGUGGGGAAGAGGUAUUUGCAUUUGUGAGGAUGGACAGGAAUAUUGACUCACCUCACAGAGCAGAUUGUCAUGUGUGUGGAUGCUUAUUAGAAUUUCAGACCAAUGUGGAGAAUUCGGUUUCAAGAUUUGGUAGACGUUGGGUUUAUGGGCGUAUUUUCCUUGUUUCACUGAGAGGCAGAGCUCGCCGCCAAAGACAGCUGUGAAUUUUCUUCCCAGCAUCAUGAUUUGCUUCUUUGAAUGUGUAUAGUAAGGGUCAGAGUACCAUCAACUUUCCUAUUCUUCUUUUUUAGUCUAGAACAGUUUUGCGUAAGAACAAUUUGAAAUACAUUUUGUAAGGAAGAAGUUGACAUGUUAGGAUGGUCAACGAAUUUCUUGGAUUUAAUUGUGUAUUAGUGUUGUGCUAGAUUCUGCAGGUGAAAUUUCAUACGUAAACUUUGAACAUUUGUUCAUUUGAUGUCAAUAACUCAAUAUCUUAAAUAAAAUUUCCAUUUUUUUAUUUUA